AUGGCCAAAAGACUUUUGAAAUUCUGGAUGAGUGAACAAGCGAGGCAGACCAUCCUAUGGGUGAUAAUGUCAACAUGUCUGAUUAACAUCUGUACGUUUUUGGUGCUCCUAGUCAAAGGAAUCUUGCUAUUCUAUUACUUCGGAAUGGUCUUGGAUCUCAUGAAAAACAUAAACAUGAAAUACGUCACCCAACUUAUGAUCUACGGUGAAUUUCUCUCUUGCUGGAUGAACACGUACAUAACGAAUAGGAAGGCUGGGAACGUGCUAAUGUAUUUGUUUCAUUUCAUUUGCAUUGGGCUGUUCAUUUUUAGCGGCAUGAUCCACAGCUAUUCAAUAGCAUACAACAGAAUAAUGAACGCAACGUUACAAACCACUCUGAGAGAGUAUUUGAGUCUGCCCAAUACGAAGGAAAAGUUCGACAACCUACAACAGUAUUUUGAGUGCUGCGGGGUCAAGCGACCUAACGACUGGUUCAAAGAGAAGUGGAUAGUUGAUCCGUACAAAGAGAAGAAAUGGGAUCGUCAACGGGUGCCAUUCAGCUGCUGCGACCCGCUAUCCCCAAGGCCCUGCCAGAUGACGAACGUAUACGAAACUUCAGAAAACUACAACCCCAAGAAAGAUUUAACCAUUUUCGAUAAGGGGUGCUUGGAUGUCUUCAGCCAGCAAUACUGGGCCUUUAUAUUUUGGGGCCUUUCUUUCCCAUUGUGUGUUUUGUAUGGGUCACUCUUUAUCAUGCUAAUCGGAUUAAGAUACGUUAGCACUUCAACGUACGAAGCCAUAAAGCUAGGCUAUGCCGGAUUAGAUUCGUACGGAUAUUUAUUGGGAGUGGGCGUUUAUGCGGAGGAUAUCGAGCAAAAUAUCCCAAAAUCCGUGUUGGAAAAGCAAUCGAAAAGAUUAGGAAAGAGAGCACAGGAUAAGAAGGACCUGAAAGAUUGGAUCAACAAGUGGGACCUAGUUUUGGGAUAUAAUUAUCAUUUUUAUUAG